CGGCCGGGACCCCGCGGGCGGGGCUGCUCCGGUUCCUCGGCUCCUCUCCUCCCCCAGGCUGCUGCCGCCCGCGCCGGCGGCUGCUCGGUCCCACCGCGGCCCCUGCGCUCCGCUCCCCCCAGGAUGCAUCAGCAGGACAUUGCCAACGUCUGACAGGACUGACCCACAUCAGCACUGUACCAGAGCCUUCGAGUGUGGGAGCAGAACCCAGAGGAGUGGAAAGUGCUGAGCCUGGGCUGAACACAUCAUGGGGGCAACCACCUCCAGCAAGUCACCACCCUUUGAUGGGAAUGAGGAUGUUACCUUCGACCAUUUUGAGAUUUUGCGAGCUAUUGGGAAGGGCAGCUUUGGAAAAGUCUGUGUGGUGCAAAAGACUGACACCAAGAAGAUGUACGCCAUGAAAUACAUGAACAAACAGAAGUGUGUGGAGCGUAAUGAAGUGAGAAAUGUUUUCAAGGAGCUGCAAAUUAUGCAGGGCCUGGAACACCCUUUCUUGGUUAACUUAUGGUACUCAUUUCAGGAUGAAGAGGAUAUGUUCAUGGUGGUUGACCUGCUGCUUGGAGGGGACCUGCGCUACCAUCUCCAACAAAAUGUGCGGUUCCAAGAGGGAACUGUGAAACUCUUCAUCUGUGAGCUGGUGCUGGCCCUUGACUACCUGCAGAGUAGGCACAUCAUCCACAGAGAUAUCAAGCCCGACAACAUUUUACUGGAUGAGCACGGACAUGUGCACAUCACCGAUUUCAAUAUCGCCACAAUGCUGACAAAGGAGAGCCAUGUCACCACCAUUGCUGGCACAAAGCCCUACAUGGCACCUGAAAUGUUUAACUCCACAAAACCCACCAGCUACUCCUUCGCCGUGGACUGGUGGUCACUGGGAGUCACUGCCUAUGAGCUGCUCAGGACUCGGAGGCCAUAUCACAUUCGGUCCAACACUUCCGCAGAUGACAUCGCUCAUGUGUUCAAGACAGCUACAGUGAUGUACCCUGCCGCGUGGUCCCCGGACAUGGUGUCACUGAUCAAGAAGUUGCUCGAGCUGAACCCCGAGAAACGUUUUUCUCAGCUAAAGGACAUCCAGUCCUUCCCGUAUCUGUCUGAUGUGAACUGGGAUGCUGUUCUCCAGAAAAGAGUAAUGCCAGAAUUCAUUCCCAUGAAAGGCAGACUGAACUGUGACCCAGCCUUUGAACUGGAAGAAAUGAUCCUGGAAUCCAAACCUCUUCACAAAAAAAAAAAGCGCUUGGCUAAGAAGGAGAAAGACACAAGCAAAAGCAAUUCAUCCCAGGCCAGCCACCUCCAGAAGCACCUGGAAAUGCUCCAGAGGGACUUCAUUGUUUUCAACAGAGAAAAGGUGAGACCUCACCAUGACAGCAUCCAAGAGACCAUGACAAAAAGUGGAGGUACACACAGGGAGGACAACCAGAACAACCACCUCUGAGAACAGCACAGCCCGUGCAGGGGACCUCCUCGUGGGGCUGCGGCUCACCAACCCAUGCACCUUCACAGUGUUGGGCCAUGGACUUGUCCUCUGCUGCUGGGACCCUGCCAACAGCCCAGGGCACAGAGGAGAGCUGGGCCACAGUUGAUUAGACUCAGAUCCUGUUAAGUUGCCUUUCCUGGUGGCAGGAAUGGGACCACAAGACAAUGGAUAAGACAGUAUCCACUGUUUUGGCUUGGCUGGCAGUUGCCACAGCUCUUGGUGUCACCAUGCAGGCAACUGCCACAGUGUGACCGAGAAGCUGAGCUGCAUUGUGCUUAGAGGUGCCCACCACCACGUCAGUCGCGGUACUGGGACCACAGCUGUGCCGUGCCUGAGGGCUCUGCAGAGGUUGGGAUUUCUGCAUGGAUGGGCUCAUGGCUGGCUGCCUGAGGUGGAAGAGGUGGCUCUCAGAUGCAGGGUCUUCACCAAUGCAUUGUGACAAAAGUGGCCUUUGCUUACAGGCAGCUCCUGCAAACAUCUAUGAGGAUGGGCACAGGAGGCUGAAGAUGAGCUCCUUCCUUAGUUGGGAGGAGGCAGCAAAGGUUUCCUGCCCAUUUAGCCCUCUCUCCAUGUACCCAGCAGGGCUGGCAUGGUGCGUGGUCGGUGUGCCGACAGAUGUGGACACCAAGAGGUAACAAGCAGGCACUGGUGAAUCCCGAUGCUUUACCAGUCUAGCCUGAAAAAUCCAUUCACUAUCAUGUUAAACUGCUGGAGUUCACUGAAUCUGAUGGGGUUUGGCUUCUAAAACAAGAGGGAAACGUGAAUGUGUAUUUUGAAUCUCUCUACCACUGAAACAACACUCGAUUUAAGCAGGGACUGCUUACAGGAAAAACUGCAGUGCUGAUGUGGUCUUGCCAAGACCGAGAUUGGCCAAAGCAUUGCUACUGUGGUAAUGGCGGGAAUUAUGCUAUUAUUUAAAUGCUUUGACAGGCCUGAGGUUUCACCUCCUUAUUUGACAUUUUUCCCAUUCUCAGCAAUAUAGUGAAUGCAUGAUGAA